AUGUCUUCUCAUGAGUACCUUGACUUGUGCCACGAGGUUCACAAUCUGUUCUUGGGGCAUCUGAAGCGGAAAAACAGCGAGAGUCUACGUUUCGCCACCCGUGAGACACCGAAAAGUGUAUUGAGCCCGCACUAUCUCCGAUUCUUUUUUCGCAGCCUGAUCGGCGGAGAGGCACCCAAGGGCCGCCGAUUCUCCAUUACGGAGGAUGAAUUUGUUGAAAAUGUCCAGGGAAGAGAAUUACACAAAUUCCUCGCAAUCUUGGUAUUCGCCGGCUGUCGUAUCGAGGCAGCCAGGAACUUCACAGAGAAGCUAGCUGCUGCUCCCAAGUGGCCGCCGCCUGAGGAUGGUGAGAUUUCUAGGCGCGUGUGUUCGCUACCAGCCGACCGUCAAAGCUUGACAGAGUUCUUUGACGGGGACGAGGCGACGGCGGACAAGUUCUAUGGAUCGCAAGCCUUAUUCUGUACAGUGGUGCUUCGGCAACGAGAAGAGACUACGAUACAAGACGGUGAUACCCAGCGUCUACCGUAUGUGGAAGAGGAGCUCCUGGGCUCGGGCUCGUUUGGAAGAGUGUACAAAGUGAAGAUUGCCAAGGGUCAUUUCGAAGACCGUCGUAGAAAUGACAACAGGGAACGAUGGGUGGCACGGAAAGACUACAUUGUCAGGUCGUCCUCUGAUUCCGAUGUUGAGAGCAGGGAGGAAGGCGAGAUCAUGAAGAUGAUUCUCAGCUUGUCAAAGACUUGCGAGAACAUUAUGGAGAAUCUGGGAACGUUGAAUAUCGAGUACCCAACGGGCGCCAGCCCAGCGCCGUACAGUCUUUUCAUGCCGCUAGCGGUCUGCGAUCUGGGAGCAUACAUGAAGAAAGACGGCUCGAACGCUCCAAAGACGGCAAUCAACAGGGCGGGUUUCAUCCGGUCCGCAAUUGGUCUCGCCAACGGCCUCAAGUUUCUUCACCAAGAAAUGCAGACGCCUGGACUCGACAGAAUCGUCUGCUACCACAUGGAUCUGAAGCCGAGUAACGUCCUCAUUUUCCGAGAAAGCGGCAAUGGCGACGGGGCUGGCCCUCGCUAUAUCUGGAAGCUGAGUGACUUUGGCAUGUCGAGGGUCAAGAUUCGGCACCAUACUAGCCGCGAGGAAGAAAAGGAUAUCGCCAAGUGGUUCACCAAGCGACGCGAUAUGCAGCAGAGGACGAUGUCGGGAACACAGAAUCGACGCGGUCAGGGGACGUAUCUCCCACCAGAGUCCUUCCGUGAGGGUAAAGUCAUGAAUACGAGGAGCGACGUGUGGUCACUGGGCUGCAUUCUGAGCGUCCUCUUCGUUUAUCUUGAGGGCGGGAAGCGCGCUAUUGACAAUUACGAGACGAACCGUCUUAAAAACCGCAGAGGGAUCGAUGCAAGCUACGAUGUCUUCUUCCACGUCAAAUUAUUUGGACACACUUCUGUGCACUCGGCUGUAAAGAAUGCUCACAAGCAACUAAUUCACAAAGCUGCCGCGAGGAGCGUGAAAGAACACCAGGCAGUCCGGACCAUGCUCAAUUUUCUCGGGUCCAAAGUUUUGAAGAUUAAUCAGAACAAGAGAUGCAGCGCAAAAGAGGUCGAAAACAUGCUUCGACGCACGCUCGACGCGUAUGAGGAGAUUGAUCGGCUCGAAUCUUCCUCAGAAUCUUUGAGACAGCCCAAAUCCUCCAUGGAGCAGAUAGUGCAACGAUGGCGCGUACCGCGAGACAAUUCUGAUGUCUUCAAGGGAUGCAAGGUAUCCCCAGAUGGAAGCAUCAUCGCGUACUGGAGCGACAAUAAGAUUUCACUCUUCACCCCAAGCUCUGCUCCGAAUGCAGAUGGAGAUGUCCUGAACAUACUCAGGGAGCACUCUCUGGAGUCCAUGGGAUCGACAAGCCGAUUCUGGAAAGCUGUUUGCCUGACUAACAGACAUCUGGUUGCCACAACCACGGGCAACAUCUUCAACUGUUACAUAUUUGAUCUAGGACAAGGUGCUGCAGUCGACUCCAGUGCACAGAACUAUUGGCAUAUUCGGCUGCCAACAGUCCCGGAAGUAUACAUCAUGGCGAUGUCGACCGAUCAACAGAAUCUGGUCUUUGUAGUCGAGAACCAGGAAGACGAGAGCCUUUCUGGGUCCGUAUUCCAUGUACGAAUCGAGGAUCUCAUAGAAAUGGGGUCUAUCUCAGAGGGACAUGGGGUAGAUCAGAGCGGCAGUAACUUGUUGGGCCGCUUCAUCGCACUCGACUGGCCUGCCGAAGACGUGAUAUCUUUAUCACUCACCGAACAGAACCGAUGCUACGCAGCGAUCCGCCCGUACCUUAGGGAAGACGGCAUAUACCACAUGCCUAUCGUAGCAUAUUCUUUGACAACUCGAGAUAUAGAGGAAGUAUUCAUCGAGCCGCGAAGCCAAGAGAGCAACGGCUCAAGUCUAUUCACGACAUUUGCUGGCCUACACCAACGAGCAGCUUGCAUAGCCGUGUUCCAGGAAACCCGCCUCUUCACCGUUGAUCUGCUCGCGAACUCAUGUAACUCACCAAAGAGGCGAUCCCGAUACCCCAAAAACAUCGAAGAGUACCGCCUCCUCAGAGUCAUGGCCGACCAGAACGACGAUACCAUCUUCGCAUUAGGAAUCAAACCAGAUGGUGGUCGGAUUCGUCUGCUUGAGAUCACAAUACCCGAGACGAGAGAUCCGAUGACUGUUCGCGAAUUGGCUCAGCUACCCAGUCUAUCUGAGAACGACGAGUUCACCGGCACCAUAGUCGGCGAUGACGGCAGCAGACACAUCCUCGUCACUGCCCUCGUGGGGUCCCACCGGCACGCCGUCUUCAAGAUCAAUCUCCCUAGCAGACACCCUGCAUCCUCAUCCGCCUGA